UGUUUGUUAGUUGCCACAGCCAGCAGGUACUAGAUCAACAGCUAGCCAACGCAGAACUGGUCACAGCGCCCGUCUGGAUGGCGAGUUCACGGGAUCUUGUCAGGAAAGGAAUCAAUUUGGGAGACCAGGCCAGAUAGCGACGGUUUGUCGAUGGCUUCCUCUUUCCGCUGUUCCACGAGGGUCGUUCCACUGAAAUAACAAUCACUAAGGGAGAGAGCGGAUGGUGUGAUUACCUCGGCCUGAUGGACGCCUUUGCCGACAAAGUAUGUGACUUGUGGCAGCCUGGAGAUAUAGUCAUGGUCCACGAUUAUGCCCUUAUGCUGCUUCCUCAAAUGCUCCGAACUCGUUUGCCACACAUCCAUCUCACCUUUUCAUUACACGCCAGCUGCCCCAGUCAUAUACCUCCCGGCACAAAUAUGCGGCUACUCUCCAAAGUGCUGCAAGGUGCUUUCGGCUCUGAUCUCUUGACCUUCCAGGCAUUCAUGCACUCUAAUCAAUUUCUAGGCUGGUGCGCACAAGAGGCCCCUGCAUGGACACCACAUCAAGAUUUUCUGCUUGGGAGGGUAGCAGAUUCAUGUUUCGUACAUCCAAUGGCCAUUGACGCAUCCCGAGUCUUGUCGGUGGCAUGGAGCGAAGACGUCUCUCAAAUAUGUGACUCUCUGAAAAGCGCAUUCGAAGACAAGAAGAUUAUCGUUUCAUACACUACGGCUAGCUUCAACGAAGAGACGGUUUAUGUGGCGCAAGCUUUUAAUCGACUCGAGACGCUGUUCCCCCGGUGGAGAGGGAAGGUAGUCUUGCUACAGAUUACAAGCUUGCCAUGGUUGUACAGAGACGAAGGGGCCUCUGGGUCUGAUGAGACGCUCGUCCAGAUCUUGGCUGCCCAAAACAGCCGCAAGAAAUUAUUCAAACAACAACUUUUAGAAACCGAACACUAUGCUCUGCUACGAGCCAGUGACGCAACCAUCUUCCCCUUUGCGCCUGAGGCCCUGAUCAAGGCAGGGCUAGACUUUAUGCUUUGCCAGCGAGGAGGCAACAAACGACCCGUCAUAUCGGAAGCUAGUCCAUUAAGAUUCCAGCUACCAAGAGUGAUCUUGUUCCCCCGAGGAGAUAUCGACGGUAUUGCAAGGGCACUAGACCGUGCCUUGGGGUUUUCCUUUGAGUGCCCUAGGUGCCAUAACCAGCCAGGUGCCCGGGAUUGCCCUGAGUGCUCUGGCCGGCCGCCGAUGACACCACACAGGGUGUUGGAGCCUUUGAUGAUACCUACUGUAGAGGAGUGGGUGGGAAGCAUAACGGCUAGACUUGUAGACAGGGUGCUACAGUGUCGCUUCGCAAAUCCUGUUCCUUAGGAUUCAACUGAGCGUGGUGAAACUCGUCCCAACGGAGGCGAUGGAGGUGAUGGUAAUGAAAGUGAUGACACUAUACGCAAUAUGGAUGAUUUCAGCGAUUUUUAUGAUUCGAACGAGAGUUGGCCUCAUGACAGUGGUUAUGGCAGCGACGGAGAAGAUUCAAAUUCCACAAGCAGGACAACGCCGGAGCCUGAUGAUGGCGAUGAAGAGAACGAUGAUGGUCUCAUGAAUGCACUUCGUAGGGCUCAAUCUGAACCUGUUCAAAGUACAAGGCAAAUGCUGAGCAGGCACAUGCCACAACGAUAU